GCUGAGAGAAGGGUGCUGAGGUUUGUUGCACAGGUGCCAUCUUGAGUGACAGCAGGCUGUGGGGGGCGGCCGCAGGGCUGUUGUGUCCCUGCAGCCGAGCCCUCGCUACUCCGCGUCAUCUUCGCUGGUUUGCUGCGUGGACGCCAUCUUGAGUGCUUGCAGUUAAGGUGGAUACAGUGUCCAUCUUCCUGUCCAGCAAUAGGGCCACCAAGCCUCUGCAUCCCGGGCCGCUUCUAGGGGCUGCAGGAGGACAGGGCUGCCUUCUGGCUUGGGGUGAUGACUAGGUGCUGUUGAGUGCACUUUGAAGUUGGAUCUGGCUGCCCCGAGUCUCUGUUUUUGAGGGAGCGACAGGACGCCGUAUGCGGGUGGAGUUGGUCGGGGUCUGUCGCAGCAGCGCCAUCUUGGCGGCUGCUGGGCGCUGUUUGCUCCGAAGGGCUCCGUGGCUUCUCCCCGUUUCAGAGCCAACCCACAGGAGAUACGGGGAUUAGGCCCAACUAUGAGUACUCAGGUUCAUUAGGAAGAAAAAGGUGAGGUUCAACGUUUAAGAGUCUUGAUAGACUUGGGAAAGGGCAGGAUUUUAAAUGAGAAGACAGAAGAGGGGAACUUUGGGCAUAAUAAGAUUCAGGGCUUGAGUAAUACGGAAGCUCUGAGGAGGGUGGGAAAGCAAAGGAAAAUGUAGAGAAGAGAAUUCAAAAACUGUUGAUGGUUCUGAGGCAGCGUGGCGGGGAAAGUGAUAAAGGCGAGAAGUGUGCUGGGUAGGGGGUGUGGCUUGAUGUGGGCCUUCCCAAAUUCAGGAUUGCCAGGAGGCAGGGCGGGAGCCAGUGCACGAGUGCAGAAUUCCGGGUGCUGUAACUCUGGGGCUGGCCUGCGUUCUGGAGGACUGCGCAUGCGCAGAGUUUUCUUGUUGAGGCUUAGAGGGCUACAUUGGUUUUUAACGUUGAACCCGCUUUCACCGAGUUUGUGUACUGAAGAUGAAACGUGAGCUUUUGAAGUAGGAAAAGUCACACACAGGAUUGCCCCUUCUCAUUUACGUGAUGGGGGAAACACAAGUAUACGUUUGCCAGUGACUGAUACUAUUAGCAAUAAUAAUUGACACUUAUUAAGCAUCAGUAAAUGUUGAAUUCAUUUUUAGUAAAUACGCUCUUUGAAUUUUACUGAAAUACACUCACCUCCAAGAAGUAAUCGCAGGAUACGGUUAAAAAGUGAAAACGAACUGCUCAUAUUCAUAAUGCCAUCAAAUUGAAUAAAGUUUAGAAACCUCUAAGAAUUCAAAACCAGUGUCAGGUAUCACUUUUUGAGUCUCAGUUUAAAUAAAUUACUCAGGUCACAUUGCUGUGAAGUAGCAUGGCCAAGCCUAGGGUUGCACCCAGGGUCUGCGUGCCGGAAAGUUCCAGUUUUUAACCUGGUGUCCUGGUCCAUGACUCCUGCUCUUUCUCUUUACUGACACAUAGAACAUAAACCAGAGCCGUAAUCAUGUAGCUGCCUCCCCCAGGGGCCUCUGAUUGAACACAUGCUCUGAGGUACAGUGGGAUUUGUAAUGUAGAGUUUUAAUCUACAGGAGCAGGUUUAUAAACCCCAAAGAACUACACAUGUAUAAAUAAUGAUAUCAUUAUCUAAUGACAAUGAUAAUAGCAUUAAGAACUUAAUGUAGGCUAGUCUCUUCAUAUUACUUAAAUUUACAGCAUGCUUAAACUUUUGGUCCUAUAUCUUUGGCUACUAAAUGGCAGAACUGGAAUUUCAACUCAUUUUCUAACGGGUACCUGUACCAUUAAUUACUAUACAUGAUCUGCAUAGAAAACAUCACUGGAUUUUCUGUUUUUUAAAAUGUAAUCUGUAAUAUUUUGUCCGGAGCUCUGAGGUUGAGUUUUUAGCCUCUGUUUCUUCUCUGUAAAAUGAGGACUAUAAAAGUAAUACAGUAGUGUUGUGGUGAGCAUUAAUAGAGAUAGUGAGGUGUAAGAACCAUACAUAGCACGUAAAUGAUAGUACCUUCUUAGUCAUUUUUCCUUCAAUUUUUACCAGCAAUGUGUGGCCUUUUGCCUUUUGAGAGAUGAUCAGUUCCGCGUAGCUACUAAGUGUUAAGUUAGAUUCUUGAAUUGAUUUCUUAACCCAAAGCCCGGGUUCUUUACUAUUUUGCUUUACUGCUUGGCAGAGAAAGUUCCACAACACCUGGAGAUUGACUUGUGCACCACUGACAUAACCUCAUUGGGAAAAGGCUGCGAUUACAGCCCAGGGUGCAGCAUGCAUCCCAGGGAGCGCUGCCCGUGACCCUUCCGUCCUGAAGGGGGAAGCUGCACUUUUGAUCUCAUUUCAUCUUUGCUGUUGCAGGAGAUAAAGACGCAACUGCUGCAGGAUCAUUUCCAGCCUGAGGAAUCUGGUCACUGCCAAGUAAAUUCAGUAUCUCAUGUUUUCUUUUCCUUCCUCAGCUCUGCCUUCUCAAGCUUCUACCCUUCUCAGAGGCAACUGGCAAGAGGAAGCGAGACUUGCUCUAAACAUCAGGUGCCUGGGUCCAGGUCCCUGCAUUUUGACUCUGCUCCUGAAGACUUACAGAGUGGAUGCUGGCUGCUUGGUCUGAAGUUCCAGAAAGGAUUCUGUUCUUAAACAGCCGGAGACGCGCACCAAGGAGGAGAUUAUCGAGCUCUUGGUCCUAGAGCAGUACCUGACCAUCCUACCAGAAAGAAUCAAGCCUUGGGUGCAGGCAAAAAAGCCAGAGAACUGUGAGAAGCUAGUUACUCUACUGGAAAAUUGCGAAGAGAUGUACGAACCAGAAGACGACGAUGUCCACAGUGAUGAUGACAUGAGUCGGGUCGGCGCAGAGUCCCCACCCCCCCGCUCAGUGCACUCCUUCUGCAGUGACUGGGAUUGGAGGGGCAGGAACAGAGACACAGAAUUUCGAGACCACUGGCCGUACACGAGGACAUCCCGGAACAGACUGCUUCAACACAACCUCUCCCUCCCUCUGAUGGAGAAGACCACCUUUGAGAUGGAGAGGGAGGACGACAAUGACAGGGACUCCAUGAUGGACUUCGAGUCCGCCUCCCAGGAUGCGGAAUCCUACCAAGAUGUAGUGGAUCUCACUGAGGACAGGAAGCCUCAGAACCCAAUUCGGGACAACAUGGAGAACUACAGGAAGCUGCUCUCCCUGGGGGUCCAGCUUGCAGAGGAUGACGGACACUCCCACCUGACACAGGGCCACUCAUCAAGGUCCAAGAGAAGUGCCUACCCAAGCACCAGUCGAGGUCUGAAAACCAUGCCUGAAGCCAAAAAGUCAACCCAUCGGCGGGGAAUAUGUGAAGACGAGUCCUCCCACGGGGUGAUCAUGGAGAAGUUCAUCAAGGAUGUCUCACGCAACUCCAAGUCGGGAAGAGCUAGGGAAUCUAACGACUGGCCACAGAGGUUCCCCAGGAUGCCCGAUGAUGACUGGAAAGACAUCUCCUUCAGCAAGAGGGAAUCGGUAAUUCAGGAGCGGGGCUGUGAGGGGAGCGUGCUCGGGGGAGGCUUCAACCUUAACUCCAGCCUCAUGUCCAGAAAGAGAGUUCUUGAAAGAAAAAGGCGCUAUCAGUUGGACACAGAUGGGAAGGGCUCAGUUCAUGAUCAGAAAGGCUAUGUGAGAAAGAAGCCCUUUGAAUGUAGCAAGAUGAGGGAAGCUGUGGGCAUGAGCAGCCUCAGCUCGCCAUCCCCAACCGAGUUGCUGCCGGCUGACUUUGAGGCCAUGCCCUAUGUGUGCGAUGAGUGUGGGCGGUCUUUCAGUGUUAUUUCAGAGUUUGUUGAGCACCAGAUCAUGCACACGAGGGAGAAUCUCUAUGAGUACGGCGAAUCCUUCAUCCAUAGCGUGGCCGUUAGUGAGGUUCAGAAAAGCCAGGCCAGAGGGAAGCGCUUUGAGUGUAAGGAGUGUGGGGAGGCCUUCAAUAAGAGCGCCACUCUUACUGAGCACCGGAAAAUCCACGCGAGAGAGUAUCUCAUGGAAUGUCAGGAUCAGGAAUACGAGGAAGCCUUCAUGCCCAGCCCAACCCUUAGCGAGCUCCAGAAAAUGUACAGUAAAGAGAAAUUCUAUGAAUGUAGGGUGUGUAAGGAGACCUUCCUCCAUAGCUCUGCCCUGGUCGACCACCAGGAAACCCAUGGUAGAGGGAACUUCGGUGAUGACACAGAUAAUGAGCAUGAGGAAACCUUUAAGCCCAGCCUGGCCCGUAAUGAGUUUCAGAAAAUUUACAGUAAAGAGAAAACGUAUGAAUGUAAGGUGUGUGGGGAGACCUUCCUGCAUAGCUCUGCCCUGAAAGAACACCAGAAAAUCCAUGCUAGAGGAAACCUAUUUGAAAAUCAGGGUAAAGUGUGUGAGGAGACCUUUAUUCCCAGCCAGUCCCUUAAAAGGCGUCAGAAAACUCUUGCUAAAGAGAAGCUCUAUGAAUUUAAAGAUGGUGGGGAUGCCUUUAUCCAAAGUUCAGAUCUCAGUGAGCACCCAAAAAACCAUUCUCGAAAGAAUCUCUAUGAAGGCAGGGAAUAUGAGAAAUCUGUCAUUCGUAGCUUGCCCUUUACCGAGUCCCAGAAAAGUCACACCAUAACAAGACCACCUGACAAUGAGGAGAAUGAGAGAGCAUUUACCAUUAGUGCCAACCCCGAGGAACAGCAGAGAUUUCCCACUAAAGAGAGUGUCUAUGAAGGGAGACGGUGUGAGAGAUCAGUUAUUCACAGAUUGGCCUUUACUGACCCCCAGAAAAGCCACAGUGCUGCGGAGCUCAGUAAACCGAAGGUGAUCGCCGAGUCUACCGUCCAGAGUGCCGACGCGAUCCAAUGCCAGAGAGCCCAUGCUGGAGAGAGCGCCUAUGAAGGGAAGGUGUGUGGGAGAUCUGUCAUCCAGAGCAUAGUCGCUGCUGAGCCUCCGAGACAUCACACUGGAAACGAACUUGCUGAGUGUAAUGAGAAGGGGGAAUCCUCCAUUUAUAUCUCAGACCUUAAUAGGCAGCAGAAGAUUGAUGCCAGAGAGAACCCUUUUGAAGGGGCUAACUAUAACAAAUACACGGUUAUACACAGUGUGUCCUGUGCUGAACCUCAAAACAGUCCUGCUAGAGAGGGACCCAGCGAGUUGAAGAAGGAGGGUGAAUCCUCUGCCCCUAAUUCACAUGUCCGUGAAUAUCAAAAGGCCCGUGCAAAAAAGAAGUACAUUGAGUGCAGGGACUACAAGACGUCUGUGAUCCACUCCCUCCCUUUUGGUGAACCGCAGAACAGUCACACCAGAGAGAGAUUCUACAAGUGUCAGGAGUGUGGGGAGUCCUUUGUUCACAGCUCCGACCUCAGUGAACAUCAGAAGAUUCACGACCGAGAGAAACCCUCUGGAAGGAAGACAUACGAAAGGUCCGUUAUCCGCAGCCUUGCCCUCACGGACCCCCAGACCAGCUAUGCUGAAGAGUGCGUGCGCAUGGAAUGUAAGGAGUGUGGGAAGUGCUUUGCUACCAGUGAAGCCCUUGGCCGCCACCAGAAAGUCUAUGGUCGGGAGAGGUUCCACGGCAGGACACCGUUUGGAAGCUCUGUCAUUCAGGGCGUCGGCUUUGACGAGCCUCAGAAGGAUGAGUCAGAUGACACCAUCUAUGAAUGUAAGGACUGUGGGCUGGGCUUUGCUGACUUCAACGACUUCGGGGAUCAUCAGAAAGUUCACGGCCGGGAAUAUCUCAUGGAUAUCCGUGUGUGUGGGCCUUCGGUAAUCCAGACCUGUUCCUUUGGUGAAUCUCAGAAAAAUGGCACUGGAGACCAGCUCUAUGAGUGCCCACAGUGCGGGGAAUCUUUUAUUAGUAAUGACUUCCUUUUUGAGCAUCAGAAAAUGCAUGAGAGAGAGCCAUUCUUUGUCAGUAGGCAGUAUAAUGAGGCUUGCAUGCGGCGCCUGACGCUUCACACGCAGAAGAGGAGGCGGUCCUCAAGGAAGAGUCCUCCUGUGUCAAAAACCCUCAGGUGCCAGGUGUGUGGGCAGGACUUCAUUCACAGCUCUGUCCUUCAUGAACACAUGAAAAUUCACACUGGAGAGGAUCAGCUAGAGCGUGGCAAGAUAUGCGAGGAUACGGUUGUCCCAGGCCUAGCCCUCACCGAGUUUCAGAGAAGCCAAGCUGAAGAAAAAAACUAUGAAUGUAAAACCUGUGGAGAAUCCUUUCUCAAUCACUCCGACCUUAGGGAUCACAUGAGGAUCCACGAGAAAGAUGAGCCCUUUGACUACGGGGCCACAUUUGUUCAUACCUCAUUCGUUUCUGAGCCUCCCAACGCAGAUUCGCCUUUCUACGAAUGUAAGGACUGUGGGAAAUCUUUUAUUCAUAGCACAAUCUUAGUUAAACACCAGCAGCUUCACCUGGAAGAAGAAGCCCAGGAGGUUGAAGCCAAUUUUGUUGUUCCACAGGAAGUGCUGCGGAUUCAGGGGUCCAACGUAGAGGCUGCCGAGCCGGAAGUGGAGGCUGCCGAGCCAGAAGUGGAAGCUGCUGAGCCCAACUUGGAGGCUGCUGAGCCCAAUGAAGAGGCCGAAGGGCCUGACGGAGAGGCUGCCGAGCCUGAUGGGGAGGCUGAGCAGCCCAAUGGGAUGGCUGAACAGCCCAAUGGAGAUGCCGAUGAGCCCGAUGGUGCAGGGAUUGAAGACCCAGAAGAGCGAGCUGAGGAGCCUGAGGGAGAUGCUGACGAGCCCGAUGGUGCAGGGAUUGAAGACCCAGAAGAGGAGGGCGAAGAUCAAGAGAUCCAGGUUGAAGAACCGUACUAUGACUGCCAGGAAUGUGCCAAAACCUUCACUUCUAACUUGGCCUAUGGUGAGCAUCUGAAAACCCAUGCCCGAGUAAUCAUAUAUGAGCCAGGAAAUGUCUAUGGUGAAAGCUCGCGCUAUACCGAGCAUGCCAGUACCAGCGCCAGUGCCAAUGAUAGGGCCGACGAGAAGUACUUCAGAUGUGACAUCUGCGGGCAGCUCUUCAGUGACCGUCUAUCCCUUGCCAGACACCAAAACUCCCACGCCGGCUGA